ACACACGACACGGCCGUGCCGAGUGCCGACACUGCCGUCAGUCAGCGACAUGUUACCGUCCAGUGUGCUCCCGCACCCUGUCUCCAGGACUUACCAAUACAAGAAGGUAACCAAACCUCUCCUAGAGCGAAAGAGAAGAGCAAGGAUCAACAGAUGCCUGGAUGAGUUGAAGGACCUCAUGAUGGGAGCUCUUGAGGCCGAAGGCGAGAAUGUGAACAAACUGGAGAAGGCUGAUAUAUUGGAGUUGACGGUCAAACACCUGCACAGAAUAACUCGGCCCAGGGACGCUGCCGAAGAUGUUCACAGAUUUCAGGCCGGGUUCAGCCAGUGUGCAAGUGAGGCUUGCGGCUUCCUUCUGUCUCUGCCGGGCCUGGACGCACGGGUAGGCCGCCGCCUCGUCGCUCACCUAGGCCAGUGUCUCGCCUCUCCCCUGACGGUCCAGGUGCCUCCUCGACCCCGCAGUUACUCGCCCCCGGUCUCCCCCCGGGACCUUCCGGGGUCUUCACCCUCCGGAGAAUCGUUCAGAUCGUCUCCUGGACUCUCCUCCGCCUCCUACGCCCAGGACUCCAGGUCCCCGGUCCUCUCGUCCACCCCCUGCGCCCAGGACCUGUCCCGCCCUCUGGACGGACUUCUCAUGACCGUCUCCCGCGACCAGGAAGAAGAAGUCUGGAGGCCCUGGUAGGAUGCCUUCUGCUUACUCACUACAAGCUUAUUUCGCGAUGAUCUCAAAUUAAGUAUUAUUUAUAAAGAACCAUACAUAUCGUUUUAUUUUACAGAUUUAUUUUUAUUUAUUUCUUCUACCAUGCUAUCACAAACAGAUGACGGUAUUUCGUAUUUUUCUCGUUACGAUUUAUUGUUUUAUUUAUCAAUAGUUUUAUUUAUAUAGAUCGAUUUGUAAGAAAAGUUUAUUUUUUAGAAGCUCGACGCUUUUGAAAAAGUAACAGAUUGUGCCCAUUUUACGACUACGAGUAAGCAUGGAAUUGACUAAACAGAGUGUGAAGUAAAAGGGAGUAGGAGACGGGAGUAAUAUCGCAGAGUAAUGUUAAUUAAUUUAGUAGACUGUUAGCUUAAACAUAGCUUUGUACUUUUGUUUGAAAAUAAUGACACGAUAUUCUCAAUUGUAACAUGUUAUAUAUAUGUUACGUUUGUGCUACAAUGCUAACUUAAACAGCCCAAUGUGUUAUAUUAGUUGUAUGGAUCUCUGUGAUAAGAAAAUGCUUUAUACUGUAAUUAUGCUUCCCAACAUUGUUAGUUAAGUUUUGUUAGUGUUAGUAGUUGUUUUGUGCUAAGCCCUGUUUUGGUGCGACAUGUGCUCGCAUGGCCUUUGUUUGUGCUUGUGCCUUUCAUUAUUGUGUUUAUGUAGAGAAUAGAUUAAUAUCAAAUCUUCAUCGUUGGUAUCAAAGUGUAUUAAUACUAUUGAUUUUUGUUAUUUUUUGAAACUGAUCAAGCUUUUAGGAAAGCUUAUACAUUUAUAAUACCGGUUUGAAUUAAUUAUUGAGUUUGUAUUAAUUGUUUCAUUACUCAUUUUGUUACAUCAUUAGUUGAACAUUUCAUUAAAUGUAACAUUCUGUUUUUAGCCAAGUUGAAGUUGUAUGUUAAACAGUUGCUCGUAAUUUAUAUAUGUUAAGUUUUAUCUUUUUACUAUAAUUCGAACACAAAUGAUGAAUUUUUAAGGCAUUUUAUCACCGACAGUUACGUUUGUCUUUCAAAUAAAAAUUAUUAUUUUAUAAUAUUUAAAUUUAUAUAACUGUUCAUGAAACAGUUUUUAAAUAUUUUAUAUUACUGAAUUUAUACUGUAUUUAUACUGUAUUA